AUGCAAGGCAUGAAAGGGCUGGACGGCGAUCUGAAGAACGGGUUCGGUAAGUUCCCUAGAUCCAGAGGCCGCGAGAACUGGCCGCAAUGGUACGCAUUCGUUAGAGCCUCUGCAAUGGCAGGGGGCACAUGGGAUUAUUUCAAGCCUGACCUAGAGCCCAACCCCGAACCAGUGCUUGCACCGAAAGACGGGUUCCACGAUAUACGCUUGCGUUUAGACAAAAUGAAGAAGAAUGCCGGUAGCGAGCAGGAGCUCCGAUGUUGGACCUGCGUUGCAGAUAACGACGUGGACGACGACCCCUUCAUCGACGACGAGGGAUGUAACGGCUGCCGUGACCGCCGCUACAGGAAGCUGGUGAUGCCGGAAAAGGUGGCCCGCGAUCUAUACGGGCGGGGCUCAGUUACUCUGAAGAGGCAGGACGACUGGCCGAAAUGGUACGCUGCCAUCAAACAGGCAGCGAAAUGGAAGGGCGUGUGGGAGCAUAUCGAUCUAGAUGUCGAAGACGACAAACUGCCGGCGCGCCCGCAUCGCGUGCAUCCGAACCUGGAGCCUGCGAUCAAUAAAUUAAAGGAGCUUAGUGCCGCAGAGCGCAAGAGGUCGGAGGAUGACGCCGAGCACUUCAAAGCGGUCGAAAUGGUGCUGUUGGGUGACCAGAAACGCAGGGCAGAUUUUGAUGCUGGCAAGGGAUAUAUUGUAUGGGCUAUCCUUUCGACGGUGGCUGAACCGUUGGUUGUUUAUCUUUACGAAGAGACCGAUCCUCGAAAGAUGCUUCUCAUUCUCAAGGAGCGGAUCCCGCCAGCCCUGCCUGAAGGAUACGAACAGCUGCAGGCCCGGGGAAAUCGGCGCAAUAGGCGGAAUAGACGACGAUGA